CCUCUCCCCAAGCAUCUCGCUCCCCCUCUCUUCCUCUCCCUCUUUUCCUCCGCUUUGACUAACAUCUGUACUUGUUCCUUCACCGCUCUAUCCUCUCUCCGGUGGCCUAUCUAUUCGCCUUUUCUCGCUUGCAAAUCUCAUCCGGGUUAAGCCUUCCCCCCGAUCCGACCCGACUUGAUCCUGUUUCGCUCCGUUUCGGGGAGAACUUCCUGUUUCUGCAUCUGAGCCUGUUCAAUUCGUGGUUUUUAGGCACCCAGCUUCGUUUCUCAUAGUGGGCUUCUCUUCCAGUCAUCGGUUUUUUGGGCCCGGUCUUGUUCGAUCUGUGAAAUAGUUCAGUGUGUGAUUGCUGGGUUAUCGUCUUCGUUGGUUUUGUGAUGUUUCUGGUUUGAGUUUCCUAUGAUGGAUGGUUUGUUUAGGGUGAAGUUUUCGACUUUGCAAACUAGGGUUUGAGAAUUUUAGGGUAGUCGAAGGAGUAGGUUGGUGUGAGAUAGACGAUUUGGGAUUUAGGAUUUGGAUAUUGGAAGAUUGUGAUGAAAAGAGGGAAAGAUGAUGAGAAGAUAAUGGAGCCGUUGUUUCCUCGGCUUCAUGUGAAAGACGCAGAUAAAGGAGGGCCAAGGGCUCCUCCAAGAAACAAGAUGGCUCUCUAUGAGCAGCUUAGUAUCCCUUCUCAGAGAUUUAAUCAUCAGGGAAUGUUGCCUCCUGGUCCCUCCAAUCAGGCCCGUGGCAUGGAAAGGAACCGAUAUUUCCACCACCAGGUGUCUUCUUCAACUUUUAUGUGGCCAGUCGGGAAGUUUGUCUCUCAAAACCCAUGCGUAGCAAAUAUGAGAUCUUUGGCACGCCAUGAUCAGACGGAAAUGGCUGGAGAGGAAGAUGAUUUCAUGGUUCCGGUGUUUCUCAACUCAGGAAGGGCGAAUUCUCACGGCAUGGAUGGUGAAAAACUUUCUCCCGUGGUGGCAGCUAGCUGUCCUCGUUCAGUUGAAAUCCAAGAAGCAAACCUCGAGGAUCUGGAGGAUGGUUCUUUGUCUGCUGGUUCUAGACAAGACGGUAGAGACCCGGGUAAGGAGAACCCGAGACAAGGUACCGCGAAAAAACCUUUAGAUGUGGUAGCUAGAGAAGAGACGAACGUAAGCAAAUCAGUGUCAAAAUGUGACAGAGGAAAUAAUGCUCUAUCGAGACAAGAGUCUGGAAAUAGGUUGGAUCAAGAUGAUGGUGAAAAGGGCACUGAUAUUUCCCAGUUGAGAGGUGAGAGUCGUUCAGGAAAAGGCCAUAGCAGUCCAGAUGAAGUUGAUAAUGAUCACGAUCGUUGCGUCAGAAGCAGGGCAUGCAUGUCUUCGCAGCCGAGAAAUGGAGAAGCGAGUGAUGGUAUCUCCGAGACUUCGAUGGUGGAUUCAAUAUCAAGUGAAGAUAUCUCUCCUGACGAUAUGGUGGGAAUAAUUGGUCAGAAACGUUUUUGGAAAGCAAGGAAAGCAAUUUCCAAUCAACAAAGAGUAUUUGCAGUUCAAGUAUUUGAGUUGCACAGACUGGUUAAGGUUCAGAGGCUUAUGGCUGCGUCGCCGCAUCUUUUGCUCGACGACGGCACUUAUCUUGGAAAAUCUUCCCCUAAAAACUCUCUAGUAAAAAAGCGUUUUCCGGGAGAAUACAACCUGCAGCCUCCUCUCUCGUGCAUUGCCACCAAAUGCAGAGACAAUUUCGAGAAGGAUAACCGUCAAGAGAUGGAAUGUUCAGCUGAGAACGCUGUGGGGAAAACAACGAGUGUUUCGUCAUGUAAGAACCACAAAGAUGAUUCCGACCCACCAGCCGCCGCAAUAGCGGCAACCGAGACCGAGAUGACCACCACCGGUUGCAAUGGUGGUUUGUGGUGCUUUCCUCCUCAGCCUCACCAGUGGUUGGUUCCUGUAAUGUCCCCAUCCGAAGGGCUCGUAUAUAAGCCCUAUUCGAGUCCUGGAAUCGUGGGUUCGGGCUGUGGAGGGUAUUACAGUCGUUUCAUGCCCGCUCCAAUGGCGGUGAGCAACUUCAUCGGCGGCGGUCCGGUUUGUGGCAUUCCCGGAUUUCCCGCCCCUCAGCCCUACCAUCCAGGCAUCGGGUUCUCAGGGUACUUCCCUCCUUACUCUGGGCCCACCGUUAACCCAAAUUUUUCGGGCCAUCUCGAGGAUGUGCAGCAGCAGAGCUCGUGCAACUUCCCAACCGCAGCUGCGCAACCGCAACCGCAGAGCUCGUGCAACUUCCCAAACGCAGCUACUCCACCGCAACCGCGCCCGCUAGUGACAAAGCCACGGCCGUGGAACAGAGAGAGCAGCAGGGUGAUGCAAGGAAGAUCGGGAAGUGGUCCCGGCUCUGGCAUGUCUAGGAGCGCUCUCCCUCUCGUGCGGGCCGCCGAGAACAGCCGUGGAAACGAGCGUCUGCUGGCAGCCACGAGAGUUAUAAAGGUGGUGCCCCACAAUCCGAAGGCGGCGAGUGAGUCGGCGGCGAGGAUUUUCCGAUCUAUACAAGAAGAACGUAAACAACAGGAGGAGUCCUCUGUUUAGCUUUGCCUGUUGUUUUCUCGGCAUUCUCUCCUUUUUGUAUCUCUGUGUGUGUGUGAAUGUAGCUAUAUUAUAUGGUUUGUUUGAAUAUAACUAGUUACGUCAGCAUGACGAACUGGUUCAUGUUUCUGCUCUCAUGUUUAAUUUCAAUUUCUAUGUUUAGAAUU